UUUGCAAACAACAGGCUAGAAGUACUUAGUAAAAAUGUUUAAGCAACUUUUUGCUGUUGUUUUUCUUGCACUAAUUUCAUCUUCUUAUUCACAAUAUGUCUCUCGAGGCCAGUGUGAAGACAGAAAAAUAAAACCAGUAGAACAGUUCCCACUAAUUGGUGUGUAUGGAGGUGAUCAGUUUUUGCGCAGAUGGUUCACUGUGUUUACUUCCAACAUCGAAGCGGACUGCCAGGAACUAAACUUUAGAAGAAGAACAAAGUCAGUGAAUGAAUCGCAAUUUACUUUGUCACAAAAAGAUGUAUUAACUGGUAAACGGUAUCCUGAUGAUGAUGGCGUGAUAUCACUGGGAAAUUAUAACGGUGAAAAGGUUGUAGAUGUAAAAUUCAACAAUACUGAAGGCGUGACGCAGUUUAGAAUUCUUGGGUACAAUAACAAUUACUAUACAAUUGAUUAUAAUUGCGUCAAUAUAAAUAGCACCCACAGAAGAGAAUUAUUAUAUGCGAGGAGCAGGUACCGUAACUACAUCGAUUCGACAGCUAAAGAAGUUGAUAAAAUCCUUAAUGAUAACGGCCUGGCCGAUAUAAAACGGAAAUACGCUAAUCAGGAUCUAAAUAUCUGCUUUUAGUAAAAAAAAAAAAACAAUUAAAUUCGUGAAAUUUG